UUGUGGGCGGAUUUUCGCUGACGUUGCCCAUACUCGGGAUUAACUUGUUUUUUGUGUGUGUGUGUUUUGAUGUCGCCAUAUCUUAUCACAUUUUGCAUCGUAGCAGCUGGCCGCGCGCUGAUCGCUGGUGAGCAUCUCCGGGCUUCCUUCGGGGCCUUUGCUGGUAAAGUUUGGCUGGACGGUGAGGCUGAUGCCCCCCUCAGCUGCGUGAGCGCCUGGAUGAGAAGCACACGUCGCACCGAGGCGGCAAUCCUGAUGUCCCGUCGGUCUCAAAAUGGGGGCCGACGGCAGUAAAAACAGGACGCAGCCUUCUGAAGGGCAGGAGGAUGAGCGCAUCACAUCUGGAUGGCGUGGCUUCCUCUCCAGCGUGGGCUUGUCUAUCCCGGCGGGCCUCUGUCGCUUGGCCCCCCCUGUCCUGCGUCUGGGCCAGCGUCGAAUGCUCCAAAGCAAAGCCCCCGAGGUUCCGGAGCACGUCCUGAGGCUGGCAGGGGUCGGGCCGGGCAGGCUGAGAGCGGAGUGGAGCCUUCCAGGAUUUGUUUCCAUGUUCCUGCCCGAAUUCCCCCACAGACCUGUGCCUGGGCACGAGCACUUCCAGGUCCUGGGUUACAUUGCCAAAGGCUCUUUCGGGCCUAUCCUGAAAGUCAAGGACAAGGCCAAACAAAAAACAUAUGCUGUUAAAGUUAUCCCUAAAGCAGAGAUACUGAGACUUGGUGUCUUGGAGCAAUCAAAAGAAGAAGUUGUUGUGCAGCGUCAGGUUCACCACCCAUUUGUCCAUGACCUGCAGGACUGCUGGCAGACACAGCGCCACCUCUACAUUAUGUGUGACUACUGCAGCACAGGAGACCUUUACACCUACUGGCAGAUGAUCGGUCAGUUCUGUGAGGGCACGGUCCGAAUAUUUGCCGCAGAGUUGGGAUCUGCGAUUGGUUUUCUGCAUGAUUUUGGGAUCAUCCACAGAGAUGUGAAAAUGGAAAAUAUUCUUCUCACUGACAACGGCCACCUCCGCUUAGCUGACUUUGGUUUGUCCCGUCGUCUGGAGAGAGGAGGGAGAGCAUUCACCAUCUGUGGAACCAUCCAGUAUAUGGCCCCAGAAGUACUGAGUGGUGGGCCCUACAACCACGCAGCUGAUUGGUGGUCACUAGGAAUUCUGCUGUUUUCAUUGGUCACAGGAAAGUUCCCCGUGCCUCCAGAAGCAGACCACUGCAGUAUGCUGAGGAAAGUGAGGAGUUUUCCUUAUGAAAUGCCUCUCAGCCUGAGCCCCCAGCUCUCCUUGUUAAUAACUGAGCUGUUGUGUAAGACUCCCUCCCGCCGCCUGAGAUCUCUGGAUCGUUUCAAACGCCAAACCUUCUUCCACGGAAUAACGUUUGAUCUGGACCUCCUGCAGCACCACCCUGUGGAGGUGAUUCUGGAGCUGAGAGAGAGGCCAGACCGGGCUGCCAAAGCUAGACGAGGCCUCACCCUGUCCCUGCAGCCUUUGAAGGGUUUUGACUACGACUCACUCCUCAGUCCACCCGCCACACCAGACACACUUCUGUACACACCAACGGCUACUCCCCUGCCCGGCCCAACAUUUCAGCCCCCUCAGGAAAAAGGUCCACGCAGGGAAGUGUUUGUGUGACGUACUUUAAGUGAACAGUUUGGCUGCUAACACUCUGAAUGGAGAGGCCUAAAUGUUGUGCACUGUUUCUUAACUUACAUGUUGGUAUAACACACUUUGAAAAUUGUUCUUUGCAAAAGGCUAAAAAAAGAAAACAUCGAAUUUUGAUUUAAUGUGAUCCACAAAUCAGAAAUACACCAUGUAAUAUAAUUUAAAAAGCUCCAUGUCUCCUUAAUUUCAAGCUUUUUUAUGUGUGGACACCUUUUUAAUUUCUUUGUUUGCCUUUCUACACGGAGCACAUGUUAAAGCCUCCUUGCUCAACAGUCGUACAAAAUAAAUUCGACCAAUACACAUCUAGUUUUAGGUUUACAAAGCUUGGACAUAGCUGCCUAGUAAAUACAUUGUUUGCAUACUCUUUCUAAUCCAAGCCUUUAUGGUAAUGUCACAUAAGUUGGCCUCUAUAAGAUGUAUUUAUUUAAUGUAAAUGUGUUCUAGUAGAAAUACAACCUACUCCUUUUCUGCAGUGAUUAUAUUGCCGAACUUCAGCUCUUAUUUGUUUUGUUUCGUCUUCAUAAAACCUUAUAUUUUGUGCGGAAGUGGAUAAAAGCCUCAUGUGUUGUAUUUGCCAUCAGAUUUAUUGCUUAAUUAAUAUUGUGACCAUCCAGUGAAAUUUAUUUAACAGUCAGUAAAUACAACCUGCCACUCAGGGGAGUACACAUUGGUUUUCCUGUUUAGCCUUGAUUUUGAUGUCCAUCUGUACAGAUCUGAGUGCUAAGAACAGUAUUAUUCAAGAUGUUUACCUCCAGUUAACUUUUUUGUAUACUGACGUUCUUUUUCUAUAAUUUAGGGCUGUUACAGCAGCCUAUAAUCUCAGAUUAAGUUAUGAUUUUUAAAAGUGCCCUGAUGGUUACCCACAAUGCCUCACAUGCAUGAUCUUGAUCUUGCUUUUUGAUCACAAAAUACUUGUGUAUAUACCAAUAUAUAAAAUAUAUACAUAAAAAAAUAUAUAUAUACAAUAUGUAUAUAUAUUUGUCUUUGUAAAGUUUUUAUUAAUAACUCGGAGGCGAUUUAUUGUCAGGUUUUAUGAUAUGACUUUUUCAUAAUUACCAUGUAA